AUGAGGGAAUGUAUCAGCAUCCACGUUGGCCAAGCUGGAGUGCAGAUAGGAAAUGCAUGCUGGGAGCUGUAUUGUUUGGAGCAUAAAAUCCAACCGGAUGGGCACAUGCCUCACGAAAGGCAACAAGGGACCGAUGAUUCUUUUAACACUUUCUUCAGCGAAACUGGUGCAGGAAAGCACGUACCCAGAGCAAUAUUUGUAGAUUUAGAACCAACUGUCGUAGAUGAAGUCCGGACUGGCAUGUAUCGGCAGCUAUUCCACCCAGAGCAACUCAUCACUGGAAAAGAAGACGCCGCCAAUAAUUAUGCUCGAGGCCAUUACACCAUUGGCAAGGAAAUAAUCGAUCUUGUACUUGAUAGAGUCCGAAAGUUGUCUGAUCAGUGCACUGGACUUCAAGGAUUUCUUGUUUUCCACAGCUUUGGUGGAGGUACUGGAUCUGGUUUCUCUUCCCUGUUAAUGGAACGACUAAGUGUAGACUAUGGAAAAAAGUCCAAGUUAGAAUUUUCAGUCUACCCAGCCCCACAAAUAUCUACAGCUGUUGUUGAACCUUAUAACUCUAUCUUAACCACGCACACUACCUUAGAGCAUUCUGACUGCGCCUUCAUGGUUGACAACGAAGCCAUUUACGAUAUUUGCCGACGAAAUUUAGAUAUUGAAAGGCCAUCUUAUACAAACCUUAAUCGGCUGAUUGGUCAAAUUGUCAGUUCUAUUACUGCUUCAUUGCGAUUUGAUGGUGCGCUUAAUGUAGAUUUAACUGAAUUUCAAACAAAUUUAGUUCCCUAUCCUCGGAUUCAUUUCCCACUUGCUACUUAUGCACCGGUAAUUUCAGCUGAGAAAGCUUAUCACGAACAACUUUCUGUUGCUGAAAUAACGAAUGCUUGCUUCGAACCCGCAAAUCAACUUGUAAAAUGCGACCCUCGCCACGGCAAGUACAUGGCAUGCUGUUUGUUGUACAGAGGUGAUGUUGUACCUAAGGAUGUAAAUGCUGCCAUUGCUACAAUCAAAACUAAGCGUUCCAUCCAAUUUGUUGAUUGGUGCCCCACAGGAUUCAAAGUUGGAAUCAAUUACCAACCCCCAACUGUUGUGCCAGGAGGGGAUCUUGCUAAAGUGCAGCGAGCUGUGUGUAUGCUAAGCAAUACCACUGCCAUUGCAGAGGCUUGGGCCAGACUUGAUCACAAAUUUGAUUUGAUGUAUGCCAAGAGAGCUUUUGUCCAUUGGUACGUCGGAGAAGGCAUGGAAGAAGGAGAAUUUUCUGAGGCUAGAGAAGAUUUGGCUGCUUUGGAAAAAGACUAUGAAGAAGUUGGAAUUGACUCAUUGGAAGGUGAAGGGGAAGAAGAAGGAGAAGAAUAUUAA